AUGCCUUCAGACAAUCCCAAAGAGCCACUUGAGAAGCAGAGAGGGCUUCUUAUCCAUUCUGACUACAUAGGCAGGUUCUUGGAUCCUAAUAAUCCAAAGACGGCCGAAGUCAGGAACUUUGCGUGCAGGGUGUUGAAACCCAACCAUGAGUUCUACUUGGUGGAGUCAGGGCUGAAAGAUUCCAAUCGACGUGGUGUGUGGAGAAUUUGGGCCAAGGCCAUGUUCACAGGCAACACCUUUGUGACGCACGAAAAUCUUGAGGAACACUUCUCUCAACAUCGUUUGACACGGAAGGAAUAUGAUUCCCUCAGCAGCAAAUGGUCCACGGACAAAGGUGGAUUCACCAUGUGGGGAGUGAAGAUCAUAGAGACAAUGGUCAAGACGCCGAUGUAUGUUGCUGCGAAGGGUGGUGAGGACUCAGGAAGCCCUUCUGUCGCAAAACGUGGUCGGGACAGUCGUAAGCCCCCUGGUGCCCUUGGAGACAUCACCAAUUUCGUCCAUGUGAAGGAGAAGACCCCACCAAAGACUGUGCCAGAUGACACUGAGGAGAAGCCGAUGAGAUUUGAACGCCAAGAGCAUGAAGAUGCCAAGAACAAACAAGUUGAUGACUUUGACACCCUAUCUGACGCAUUGGCAGCUACGAUGACUGAUUGCUACCCAGACCUAUUUCCCGAUGAUGCUCGACGAGAAUGCACCGGUCAUGAUGCUGCAUCAGUGAUAGGUUUGCGUUUGGACACAGCAGCACUUGAGAAAUCUGAGGGCCAACCCGGGAACUUUGAGGUGUCAGAUAACCAAGUUCAAGCUGGUCCUCAUGCUCAUGCUCCAGACCCAGCGGUUCCAGGUGGUGAUGACCCCGGUGUGGCAGUGAGUUCUGGGAAGGGUGUUGACAAAGGCAGUGCAACCCAGCAGCAACAUCACCAACCCGGCCAACUUGGUUCUGGUGCUGAUAUGGGAUUUUUUGGUGGUAUCAGCGAUGACGAUGCUGCGGCUGCGGCUGCCCCAACAUUGCUGGACCCUUCGCAAGCCACGGCCCCUGCUUCUUUUGCUGAGAUUGCCGUCAAUCGCACUAUCCCUGUGCCUGCCGCCAAUACACCUGAACCUGAACCUGACAAUUUCGUCAAGGGGCUGUCACAUGUUAGGCGCAAGGUUUCCAACAUGAAGGAGAACUUUGAGUUCUUCAAGCAUGCUGUGGAUGAGGUGUGUUCUGAUGGUGAGCCGAUUCGAUCAUCAUUCCGAGAUGGUUUCAAGCUCACAGACAAUGACUUUUUGGACCCAGCGGAGUUGCAAGCAGGAAUCAGCAACCUUUCAAUCUCUACAUCCUACUCGGGUGUUGGGGCGCCAGAAGUAUGUGCACACUUGCCCAAGAACGAGGUGGAAUCCAAGUUAGGUCACAAGAUAUCAUCUCCCGAAAUCUACUUUCAGAUGGAAUAUGAUGAGGCAUGCCGCAGUGAACUUUCUUUGCUGGACAAGGUGACAGAUCCUGAACAAUCUACUUGUUUGUUUGGUGAUCUAUGUGACUUCUACGUGGAUUCACUUCAGGAUGUCGUGAAACAUUUGAUGCAGAAGCCAGAUCUGGCUCUGGAGAUUCUUGCAAAGAUGAUCACAACAGGAGAAGCAGUGAAAUCUUCUGCCUAUUGCUACAAGCACAAGAAGGUCUGCGAACUGAGAAUGGCUCUGCUUCAGCUGGCAGGCACAUCCUGCACAGCCUAUGCCCCUUGUGGCAACCAGAAGGGCAUCCAGGAUUCUACGAUUCUGGCCUUUCUUGCCUGGUGCGCCUUGAGGGUUUUGCUACAGGAGCCGCUCAUAUUGCACGAAAACUCGGAUCGAUUUCCCAUUGAGCUACUGUUCCGUUUGUUGGGCCAUUUGUAUCACAUUGACUCAACCAUUGUCGAAGCUUUGAAAUAUGGAGGUGGUGUGCGCAGAAAGCGAAGGCUCACCAGGUUGAUCCACAAGGGCAAGGUUCUCUCGAUGGACAACCCGGGGUUCCUUCGUUUUGAUGAACGGUUCCACAGGGAUUGCCACAUGGCAUGGAAGGCUUACUACUGCCAGCACUUGAUGGACGACUCAACAUCUAAGGCAGAGUUGGAGGAAGACAUGAAGUGGAGUGCAUCCAGGGCUGCUGUGGUUCGAUAUCGUGCAAGCAGUGCAAGCACAAGUGUGGCGAUGAUGAUGAUGCCACCAGAGCACGAUCCUAUGGCAGAUGGCUCAGCGGGAGAGAAGCUCUUUUGGCCCAAGCAUUUCCUGUUCACCCCGAACUACACAAGGACUUGUGCAAGCACCAUCUUUGCCUAUCAGGGGACUUCAUGCGAUACGAAAGGGAUUGAAGCGCAAUGA